AUGCUAUGUGGAUUGUUAAAUUGUAUCUCCUUUAGACGUAAGAAGGAAGCUGAUGAUGAUAUUGAUAGUGAAGAAAAAAUGUUAAGAAAACAUAAAUUAGAUCAGGAAAGAGCUCAUUUACAAAUGAUUCAAAAAACAUUAAGAAGAGGGUUUGAACCUGAAACAGAAAUACCAUCACAAUUUGACACUGUUUGUGUUGUUUGUUAUGAGGCAAGGGCAUCUGUUAGAUGUUUUCCAUGUGGUCAUAGAGUUUCAUGUAGAAAAUGUACCUCUGUACAUGUUAAUAAUUUAUUACAUCCAUCAGAGGAUGAAGAAAGUAUUUUAAAAUGUUUUGUUUGCCGUGAAGAGGUUAUUCAAGUAGUUGUACAAAAUAAAAAGCACAUUGUUACAUGUGCUGCUUAUUCAUGGUCCAAGUCUGAUGGUAGGAGGACGAAACCAUAUCCUUUUGCUGACUACACACAAGAGUCUUCUUCAAGUUAA